AUGGCUCCGGCUGCACAAUCCAACGAAAAUUUGCCCUCGCCCCGUGAAGAACGAAUGGAGGAUGAGCACCAUGAAGAGCUUGAGAUUGAAUUCCGGUACCUUACCUUCGAUACACCCCUCCCACCUUUACAACAGAAUGAGAAUGGGGUUAUCGGCCCGGAGCUGCCUGAUCUCGGCCGAUGUACGUCUCCCCUCGCAUGGUCGCGAGCCCGGAAGAUAUUCAUUACUUGGCUCUCCUGCCUCAGCACUUUAGUCACAACCUACACUCCCGGCGCAUACACCGCAGGUCUGGACCAGUACAAGGCUGAAUGGCACGUGGAUACCACGAUGGUCUAUACGGGAAUCACCACGUUCACCCUCUGCUUCGCCAUUGCUCCCAUGGUCCUUGCGCCGUUCUCGGAAAUACAAGGCCGGCGACCGGUGUUUGUCACGGCCGGUAUUGUCUAUGUGAUCUCGCAAAUUGGCUCGGGUGUUACUGCCAGUUAUGCCGGUAUGCUGGUGACGCGGGCUCUAGCAGGGGUGUCAUGCUCCGUCUUCUCGACGAUGGUUGGAGGCGUCGUAAGCGACCUCUAUGAGGCAGCGGAGAGGAAUACCGCUAUGAGCAUCUUCACCGGUGCCGCCUUAUGCGGUACAGGACUUGGACCCCUGGUAUCAUCAAUUAUCGCGCAGCACACUUCCUGGCGCUGGAUCUUCUACGUCCAAGCAAUCAGCUGUGGAGUCGUUGUCAUGUCUCUCAUUGUUUUCUUUAAUGAGACACGAGGCAGUGUACUUCUCAGCCGCAAAGCCAAGAUCCUGAAUACAUACUACGACACCCGUGAGAGAGUCGGGCUGGAGGGGCUCGUCGAGUCCUUUGACAAUGGUCAGAAGCUUCGUCUUCGUUGGAAAGUCAAGGCCGACGAAGAACGUGCUACUGUUCUGGUCUUGAUCAAGAUAUCCCUGCUUCGCCCCCUCCGGCUACUAUGGACGGAAAGCGUGGUAUUCUGGUUUUCCCUCUGGAUGUCCUUUGCAUGGUCUAUCCUCUAUAUGACCUUCGAAGCAAUACCACUGGUUUUCAGUGUGAAUCAUGAUUUUGAUACAGAACAGACUGGACUGGUGUUUAUUUCCAUCUCUGUUGCCUCCCUUAUUGCCGCCGGCAUCUCGGUGUUUCUUGAUCAUGUCUCGCGGCGAAAAAGGACCGUCUCCCAAACACCUGAAGGGCGACUCUAUCCUGCUUGUCUUCAGAGCAUGUUGCUCCCCAUCGGACUUUUCUGGUUGGGAUGGACCCUCUUUUCGUCCGUCCACUGGAUCGUUCCGGUGCUGGCUGUGGGGUGUAUUACGAUCGGCAUCUUUUCUGUCUACCUGGCUGUUUUUAAUUACCUGGCCGAUACGUACCAUGUGUAUGCUAGUUCGGCGAUUGCCGCUCAAUCGUUUUGUCGCAAUGUUUUCGCAGCGGUGCUUCCGCUCUGCACCGAUCAGAUGUUCAAUGCAUUGACUUUCCAAGGUGCGUCCAGCCUGCUGGGGGGUGUUGGUGUUGCUCUUUCUAUUGUGCCGUGGGUUCUUGUUUUCUAUGGGCCGAGGAUUCGAGCCAGAAGCAGACUUGCAGAUGCUUGA